AACGCGUUGGGUCGCAUUGAGGCCCCGCCCCCUAGACCUUGGGUUACAGCGCGAGGGGCUUGAGUACCGUGCGCGGCCGGACGACGAACCAGUUGGGAUGGCCACCGGCUGGGGGAGCCUCUUGCAGGAUGAGCAGCAGCUGGAGGAGCUGGCACGGCAGGCUGUGGACCGGGCCCUGGCUGAGGGAGUGCUGCUGAGGACCUUGCAGGAGCCCAGUUCCUCCAAUGUGGUAAGCUAUGCCCCAUUCACGCUCUUCCCUUCACUGGUCCCCAGUGCCCUGCUGGAGCAGGCCUAUGCUGUGCAGAUGGACUUUAACAUGCUGGUGGAUGCUGUCAGCCAGAAUGCAGCCUUUCUGGAGCAGACUCUCUCCAGCACCAUCAAAAGGGACAACUUCACUGCUCGCCUCUUUAACAUCUACAAGCAAGUCCUGAAAGAAGGCAUUGCUCAGACUGUGUUCCUGGGCCUGAACCGCUCAGACUACAUGUUCCAGCGCAAUGCAGAUGGCUCCCCAGUCCUGAAACAGAUUGAAAUCAACACCAUCUCUGCCAGCUUUGGGGGCCUGGCCUCCCGUACCCCAGCUGUGCACCGACAUGUUCUCAAUGUCCUGAGUAAGACCAAAGAAGCUGCCAAGAUCCUCUCCAAUAAUCCCAGCAAGGGACUGGCCCAGGGGAUCACCAAGGCCUGGGAGCUCUACGGCUCAGCCAACGCUCUGGUGCUACUGAUUGCUCAAGAGAAGGAAAGGAACAUAUUUGACCAGCGUGCUAUAGAGAAUGAGCUACUAGCCCAGAAUAUCCACGUAAUCCGUCGAAGGUUUGAAGAUGUCUCUGAAAAGGGGUCUCUAGACCAAGACCGAAGGCUGUUUAUGGAUGGCCAGGAAGUUGCUGUGGUUUAUUUCCGGGAUGGCUACAUGCCGAGUCAGUACAGUGUACAGAACUGGGAAGCACGCCUGCUGCUGGAGAGGUCAUGUGCUAUCAAGUGCCCAGAUAUUGCCACCCAGCUGGCUGGGACAAAGAAGGUGCAGCAGGAGCUGAGCAGAAUGGGUGUGCUGGAGAUGUUGCUCCCUGGCCAGCCUGAGACUGUGGCCCGCCUCCGUGCCACAUUUGCUGGCCUCUACUCACUGGACAUGGGUGAAGAAGGGGACCAGGCCAUUACUGAGGCCCUUGCUGCCCCUAGCCAGUUCGUGCUAAAGCCCCAGAGAGAGGGUGGAGGUAAUAACCUAUAUGGGGAGGAGAUGGUGCAGGCCCUGGAGCACCUGAAAGACAGCGAGGAGAGGGCGUCCUACAUCCUCAUGGAGAAGAUAGAACCUGAGCCUUUUGGAAAUUGUCUGCUACGGCCUGGCAGCCCUGUCCGAGUGGUCCAGUGCAUCUCAGAGCUGGGCAUCUUUGGAGUCUAUGUCAGGCAGGAAAAGACACUUGUGAUGAACAAGCAUGUGGGACAUCUGCUUCGAACCAAAGCCAUUGAGCAUGCAGAUGGUGGAGUGGCAGCAGGAGUGGCAGUCCUGGACAACCCGUACCCUGUGUGAGGGCACAGCCAAGCCUGCCCAGAUUUUGCUCAAGAGACCUUCUAUCCCUCAUACUUGUCAUUCCUCACCUAGCCCCUCUGAGUGUCUUCCCUACCUGUACCUUGGGAAGGCUGGUCUCUUCUGUUCAGGGAAGGGUGAAUGCUGGGUCCUUUCUCCAGCUCUCCCAUCUGAGGACCAGAAAAGCUGUUUCCCUUAGGUGAGAUCUACAGGCCCCUAAAUCCUCAGAGUGAGGGUAUAGCUGAAAGGGAGCUGAUCUGAGGUAAGGGUCCAUAACCCUGUCAACUACCUGUCAGCUCCUCAUCAGCCUUUUCAGCAGGUUCCAGUGUCUGACCUAGGAUAGGACUGAGAGGUAGAAGAAGGGCAGUGAAGGGGCAUAGCCUUUCCCUGCCUCUGCCUUAAAUAAAACUAUGUUGUUGA